AUGAAAAACUAUUUCUCAUACUUCUUUUUCGAUAUACCUGAGGCUGAAGCACCCCUAAAUUUGGACGAAGAGAACAAAAUAGUUGAGGAAUUAUUCGUCAAAUUGAAUAAACCUAAAGAUGACAAACCACAACAGUUCAAAGCUCACGAUAUUCCAAUAGAAUCACAAAUUCCUUUAUUUGAUAGAAUAAUGGCAGAUCAAGAAAGGAGGAGUUUCAUAAUGAAAGAGAGAAGAAAGGCUGCUCUACAAGCCCAAAUGAAACCAUUUUCGUUUACAAAAAGAGACGAAGAAAUUCAGGAAUUGACAAGAGAACUUUCAAAAUCAUCUCCAAAUUUGUAUUCCGAUCCACCAUUGAGAAUAAAAAAGUUCAAGGCAAAGCCAAUUCCCAAAAACCUCUUUAGUAAUUAUAUAUACAGGAAAAUGCAUGAAGAUGAAUAUUACAGAGCUCUUCAGAAGAAAAUAAGAGCCGAAGAAAUGCUUCGAGCAGCAUCUUUACCACCUUCAAUGGCCAAAAGAGAAAAAACGAAACCAAAGGUAGACGUUUGUCCACGAUCUUACCGCGAUUGUCUAAAAGAGGAAAGGGCAUCAAAAAAAUCCAGAAGUAUUUCGAAUUUCAAGACUUAUCAUGAUAAGAUUGAGAAAGAAUUAGAAGAAUUGAAAAAUGAAUUUAUAUCCAGUCCGAGGCCAUUCAAGCUAAAAUCAUCUAAAAGGGUGAGGAGACAUCAGAGACACUCCUCUGCUAGUAGCAAAAGUUCUUCUACAAAAAUCACAACUCCAUCUUCUUUUGAUCUGCAAUCAAUAAGCAGAUCCAAUCUAGCAGCAGUCUUGCGUAUACAAUCUGCCAGACAAAAACUGGAGACUGAAAUGAUGACGCAACUCGAAGAAGCCAAAUUGAAGGAAGAAGCCAGGUGGAGAGAGAAACUGAUGAGAAAAAAGCCGGUAUGGCAAGCUCUAGCUUAUAGCAAUGAAGAAGAUUUAGCCAUGAGACUUCAACUACGAAGAGAUGAGGAAAAACUUAGGAAUGAAGAGCACAGAUUGAGAAUGCAGCUUAUGCUGGGUAGGGUUAAUCAACAGCCUACACUAUUUGAGAGACAGACACAGUUAAAUUGUCAGAAAGCCAGAGACGAUUCGUUGAGAGAUAAAAACAAUUCUGAAAAACAUAUGAGGAGAUAUUUGAGGGACUCUUCAGAUUUCAAAUCUUUAGUGGAAAUGAAAGAUGAGGCAAUACAAGCGUUUCUGGAUGACAACUUCAAAUCUGAGGACACUAAAAGAAGCAAAGAAAGUGAAAGCCAGCAGGAAGAAAAGGAAAAAUGUGACUCUUUCAGUGAUGAAAACUAUGAUGAUAAUUGA